CUUGACUCUGCUUCCACCAGAGCACAGAACGGCACAGAGGAGACAGACCAAUUGAUUCAUGCACAGAGAAUGUCACACAACCAGUCGCUACCUCACUAGCCAGGACCCGUCAGACUGGUUCUACUUAGAUGAUCGGUGACUUCUUUCUUCACCCCAAUCCAGCCCACAAGAAGCUGGAUGCACUGACAGAGCUGCAGGCGCACACUUGACUGCCAACCUCUGUGUCCACAGGACUCCUCCUUGCUGGUCAGCGAUGUAUCGGUCAGCUGUGGUGAAAGACAGGAAAAGCGCCUGUUUGGAGCCCUGGGUUAUUGGCCUCAUCACCUUCCUAUCUCUGAUUGUCCUGGCAGUGUGUAUUGGAGUCACUGUUCAUUAUGUGAGACACAAUCACAGAGAGACCCACCAUUACUAUAGCACAUUGUUAUUCACAAGUGACAAAGUAUAUGGUGACUUUGGAAAGGAGGCUUCUAAAAAUUUCACAGAAAUGAGCCAGAGAAUUGAAUCAAUGGUGAAAAAUGCAUUCCAUAAAUCUCCAUUAAGGGGAGAAUUUGUCAAGUCUCACAUUAUCAAGUACAGUCAGGAGGAAGAUGGAGUGUUGGCCCAUAUGCUGUUGAUUUUUCGAUUCCGCUCUACUGAAGAUACUGAAAACAUCAAUAAAAUUAUUCAGCGUAUUCUAAAUGAAAAGCUACAAGAUGCUACAGGACCUCCUAAGCUAGAUCCUGAAUCAGUUGAAAUUAAAAAAAUCAACAAGACAGAAACAGACAAAUUUCUGAACAACUGUUGUGGGACACGAAGGAGUAAAUCCGCAGGUCAGAGCAUCAGGAUAGUUGGUGGUACAGAGGUCGAAGAAGGAGAAUGGCCAUGGCAAGCCAGCCUGCAAUGGGAUGGGUUCCAUCGCUGUGGAGCCACUCUAAUUAACAGCACAUGGCUUCUGAGUGCUGCUCACUGCUUUAUCUUGUAUAAGGACCCAACCAGAUGGACGGCAUCAUUUGGAGUAACUCUAAAUCCUCUGAAGAUGAAACAAGGCCUCCGGAGGAUAAUUGUCCAUGAGAAAUACAAUCACUCAACACAUGACUAUGAUAUUUCACUGGCAGAGCUUUCUAGCCCUGUUCCCUACACAAAUGUGGUACAUAGAAUCUGUCUCCCUGAGGCAAGUCAUGAGUUCCACCCAGGUGAGGAGAUGUUUGUGACAGGAUUUGGAGCACGACAGAAUGAUGGUUUCAGUCAAAAUCACCUUCGAGAAGUACAGGUGGAUCUUAUAAACACUGAUACCUGCAAUGACCCACAAGUUUAUAAUGGUGCCAUAACUCCUAGAAUGUUAUGUGCUGGCUCCUUACAAGGCAAAAGAGAUGCAUGUCAGGGUGACUCUGGUGGACCGCUGGUUACUUCAGAUCCUAGGAACAUCUGGUACAUUGCUGGAAUUGUGAGCUGGGGAGAUGAAUGCGGGCAACCCAAUAAGCCUGGUGUCUAUACUAGAGUGACUGCCCUCCGCGACUGGAUCACUUCCAAAACUGGCCUUUAAGAGAGAAAAACCUAGUGAAAUGGAAUAUGCCUUUGUGUGUGGAGGCCGUUUUUAGACGUAGAGAAUUGAAGAGGAACCUAGUGAUUCACCGGAAUCUGAUCCAUCUCUCCAAAGUGUGUGCUUGAUGCAUACAUAUCUCUUCUAGCUCUGCUCCAUGCCAGAGCUUCCUGCUUCUGCCAGAUGGACUCUGUCCCAACCUGCAUUUAUUUGUUUUCUACAAGUUUUCAUUCUUCAAACUUUUGUCUUUUUGGCAUACAUUUUUCAUGCAUAUAUUCAUCUCCUUAGCUUCUCUCCUUUCAGUAAAUUUCUACUUUCCAGAUGUGGCAUAAAGAAUUAAAGAAAAUAUAUAAAGGAAAAAAGUACAUUUUUAUGUACAGAAAAGUAUUAUGUGUUUUCUUUUUCUCCCUGUGGAAUGUGGAAGAUGUUUAUAGUCAUUAUGAAAAGUCAAGCAGAGACAUCAGAAUACCAAAUACUUCAUGAUGGAGAAUGGGGACUAAAGUAAGGAAAUACAGAGAGACGAUCUAGCUUUUCCUUCAU